AUGGAGUUACUUUUUGAUCCUACCACUUAUAGAAGUUUGAUUGGAAAACUCAUUUACAAAACUAUAACUAGACCUGAUAUUUCUUAUACUGUUAAUAGGUUUAUUCAAUUCUGUUCGGCUCCGCGGCAUCCUCAUCUCCAUGCCGCUCAAUGCAUCCUCCAAUAUUUGAAGGGCUUCUCAGGCCAAGGAUUGUUUUUCCACUGCACUCAUUCUACACAACUCAAAGCUUAUACCGAGAGUAACUUGUCUGUUAAUGAGGUACAACUUAAAGUUUUUUCUGAUGCUGACUGGGGUGCUUGCCCCGAUACUAGACGUUCUGUCACAGGUUAUUGCAUCUUUUUGGGAGACUCUUUAAUUUCUUGGAAAUCCAAGAAACAAAACACGAUUUCACGUUCUUCCGUUGAGGCCGAAUACUGCGCCAUGGCUAAUACUACUUGCAAGAUACUAUGGUUACUCGCCUUGUUGAAAGACUUUAGGAUCUCUCAUCCGCAUCUAGUCCUCAUGAAUUGCGACAAUAAAGCUGCUAUUCAUAUUUCCGAAAACCCAGUCUUUCAUGAAUAG